UCGAGUACCUUCCCAAACGUCAAAUCCAUCUGUUCUUUGUUUUGCUUUCCUUAUUAUUGAUACAGCUACAUUGUGUACGUCGUUGCUUCCGUACAGAAGCAAAAUAAUUGUUUACAAAAUUCUCAGCGUGUCCUACCCACGGCACACGAUUUGAUCGUGUGUAAUAUAUUGGAAACGAACAAUAUAAAAUAGGACUCGGAGAUGGCCGAAUCGACCGAGUCCAACAAUUCCACUCCUACGAGUGCCCGAUCGGAAGAUGGUGACAGAGAAGAGAUACCGAAGAAACCGGAAGCAUCAUCAUCAACAGAUUCCAAACUCGAGUGCCCCGUGUGCCUGCAGACGUGUGUCCAUCCCGUCCGGUUGCCGUGUGGUCAUAUUUUUUGCUUCCUAUGCGUGAAGGGUGUUGCAUUCAAAAAUUUACGCUGCGCUAUGUGCCGUUGUGAUAUUCCACUCACCUAUCUAGAUCACCCGCAGCUAGUGAACGGUGUCGAGGAGAUAGUGCGCGCAGCUACCGCCACUGUUUCCGAUGGCAAUGAGUACCGCUGGUACUACGAGGGUGGUCAUGGUUGGUGGCAGUACGACGAACGCACCAGUCAAGAACUGGAGGAAGCCUACCUACGAGGCGACAAAAGCUGCAAAAUAUUGGUAGCCGGAUUUGUGUAUAUUGUCUCGUUCGAGCACAAGUGUCAGAUACGCCAGAAUGAUUAUUCACGCAUUCGUCGCAUUAAACGGGAUUUAGUAAGCAUACCGAAGAAGGGCGUUGCCGGGUUACGGCUUGAAUCGAGCGACAGCAACCCAUCAUCGACCACCACCAACGAUAUGAACGAACUGUCUUCCGCUAUGGGCGAAAUGAAUCUCAAUGAAGGUGCUUCCACUUCUGCAUCCACAUCUGUCGCUGGGACGGUAAAUGUGUCCGCAAUAGGUGAUCCGAUCCGUACUAAUGAACCGGAACCCGGUGAUGAUAAUGAUGGUGCUGAGAGUGAAAGAUUCACCGGUCCUGGUAACGAGGCAGACGAUGUGCCCUGCAUUUCUACGACUUCUCCAACCAGUGGAAGUACUACUGCAAGGAGCAGUGUAAAUGAACAUACAAGUAACCGAAUGCAGGAGCUGAUCGAUCUCAACCAUCAGGAAUACUCUGCUACCGACAGCGAUGAUGAGGGAAGUGAUGAUGCUGAUGAUAAUUUACUUGUACUAUAAUUUAGUUUUUAUUACUCGGUGUUUUUCUUCCCAUCGUUCGCUGCUGGAGCAAAGCAAGUUCCUCAUGCAGUGUUGCUCAAUGCAAUUUAUCGCGCGUAAAGGAAGAUCGUUGCCGCAAGGCUCCACUUACGCCCUAAGGCAUUCUAAAGUGAUAUAAAAGUAUAUGCAUAGUUCUAUUUACUCUUUACUACAACAUUAGAUCAUUCGCAAACAAAUAAUGGUCUGCGCGCAAACUACUACUAAAAAAAAGCUGAAAAAACACGGACGAAACCGUGGAAUUGAUUUGUUUUAAACAUGGUAGUUCUCAUGAAAGCGAAGUGUUUUUGUGCAUAACUUCUAUAUUUUAAAUUCUAUGAUUUGUGUGAAUUUGUCCGUUUUCGUCCCAUCGCGGGAAAGAUUAGCUUAAGUUGAAUAAUCAACGACAGUUCUUUUCCUACGAAAUAACACUCAUUAUUAUAUUUUAAAAAAUAUAGAUGGGAUAACUACUGGUUGAAACGAUUACACCAUUUUACGAUUGCAAUUGCUUCAGUUGUUUAAUAAAACCAGCAUUCGGUUGUA